CUUCUGAUAUAGGCCAUGGACGGAGUCGUCCACAAUGGCGUCAAUCUUGAUGUAAAGGUCGGAGAUGGUUUCAUGUCUUGGAAUAAUUCACACAAGAUUCGCAAUUCAUAUCUCUAUACAUUGGAUGGGCAAUGGACAACGUAUGGUCCUGUUGAAAAAUAUUUGUAUGUUGCGUUGAAUCGUGUUGCUUAUGGCAACUUUAGGUCUGGAAGUGGUCUUUGUAAUGUCAGGAUAAAGAUGGAACGAAGUAAAGGUGGGAAGUUAUUCUCUAAAAAUGUUUUAAGAUUUCUAUAUAGCACAAAUUUACAUGUCGAUAUAAUCAAAUUAAGUAUCAAGUAUUACGUUUCCUUAUUAGCCAUUCCGAAGUGGAUGAGUGGACUGGGGACGAGCGUUAAAAAGUGAGAUUUUAAUUCAAAUUAAGAAAUGAACCAAAUCACUAAAAAGACCACCUCAAAAUUAGUAAGUAUACAAAGUUUGAAGACGUUUACAAGAAUAUCCUUCGAAUAAUAAGCUUUCGAAAAUGGUGAUAUUUACUAUGAAAUGUAUUGUAAUUUUUGUUUUUGGGACGCGCGUCCCAAAAACAACUUUUAUUAAUCAGUAAUUUUACAAUUUUUGAAAGCUUAUUAUUCGAAGGGUAUUCAUGCAAACAUCUUCAAACUUUGUAUACUUACUAAUUUUGAGGUGGUCUUUUUAGACAUUCGGUUUAUUUCUUAAUUUGAGCACUUUUUAACACUCGUCCCCAGUCCUCUCAUCAACUUCGGAAUGGCUAAUUACGAUUACGAUUAACAUUUCUAUAGCGCAAAUUUACAUGUGGAUAUGAUGAACUGUGCUUUACAUCAAGUAUUAUACGCUUACCUAAUUAGUACAUAUUUAGCCCAGAUUAUUUUAUCUCAAAAAACAAUUGUGAUAUUACUUUCAUAACUGUGUUUAUCCUAAUCCACCCUGUCAACAUUCCCUGUGGGAGGAAACCGGCGUACCCGGAGGAAAACCCACGACUUUCGGCAGAGCGUUGACUGACUCUUCACAUGAGUCCAUAGCGACAAUCGAACUCACAAACUCAGAGGUGAAAGACGCUUACUCUGACGACUGCGUCACCGAAGCUCCAUUACAUUGUAACACUUGCUAUUUGAAUUGUAAUCUAAUAAGGGAUUCGUAUAGGGGGUACAGAAUAAAAGCUGUGCAUCCGCUUACACGAAUUGAAGAUCAUUUCAAAUGUAAACUGUUCCCAUUUCCCAAUUGAAAUGCAAUUUUGCAAUUGAAUACCGCGGCUUUGAUGGUGUAGUCGUCAGAGCAAUACAACUAUGACAUUUAUGAUCGGUUCGAUGCUCUCCUUGCCCACUCAUAUAAAAUGUCCCAUACAAUGAUAGACUAUGCAGACUUUGUGAGUUAAAUGAAGCAGGAGAUGAACAUCACUUUUUAAUGUCUUGUACAAACAUGAAGUUCAUCGACCUCAGGACAAAAUUCAUUGAUAAUUGAUAUAAAAUAAAUAGGUUUUUCAACUUAUUUACUUCGGAAAACCUAUUUAUAUAUAUUAUGGCUAUGAAGGAUAAGUCAAUAUGAAGUUAGUAGGCAAAUAUUGUUUCGACGUUUUGGCUGCUUUUGAUAGCCUGGUCUAAUUACUCACGUGUGCGUGUGUAUGUAUGUGUAUUUAUACAUUUAUCAACUUUUUUCAUAUAUAUUAAUAUCUAUGUUAUUGUUAUAGACCGCAACGACUUAUUUAGUUAUUUACCCAUGUAUUCUAUGUCCCAAUAUUGGGACUUUGUUUGAAUAAAUUAUUAUUAUUAUUAUUAUUAUUAUUAUUAUUAUUAUUAUUAUUAUUAUUAUUAUUAUUAUUAUUAUUAUUAUUAUUAUUAUUAUUAUUAUAAAACUAGUAAGUCAACGCAGUACCGAAGAAAGUUGCAGGUUUUAUCCGGAUGCUCCGGUUUCUACCCACAGGGAAGGUUUCUAUCCUUACUCUGACGACUGCGUCACCGAAGCUCCAUGACAUUGUAACACGUAUUAUUUGAAUUGUAAUCCAAUAAGGGAUUCGUAUAGGGGGAACAGAAUAAAAACUGUUCAUGAUCCGCUUACACAAAUUGAAGACAUUUCACAUGUAAACUGUUUCCAUUUCCUAACUGAAAUGCAAUUUUGCAAUUGACUACCGCGGCUUCGAUGGUGUAGUCGUCAGAGCAACGCAACUAUGACAUUUAUGAUCGGUUCGAUUCUCUCCUUGCCCACUCAUAUAAAACUAGUAAGUCAACGCAGUACCGAAGAAAGUUGCAGGUUUUAUCCGGAUGCUCCGGUUUCCACCCGCAGGGAACGCCGACAGAGUGAGUUAGAAUCAAAAUUAAAUAACCGAAAUAUUUUUGCGAGAAAAAUAUAAAGUAAUCUUUUCUAUAGACUAAGUACGUUUCAGCAUUUGAAAAAAAUGCUAGACAACAAUCGACACCGAAAUACUGGUGUUGUCUUUCGCCCCCAUCAGAACGUCGCCAUAGUUUUCAUCAUGUCAGUUGUGAAGUAUUAUUAUGAGAAACGUCUAUUAACAUUCUUUCAUUCUUAAUUGUUGUAUUAAAAGUCGGUUUUACCAAAUUGUUUUUUUCUGUCGUUCAUGCAGUGCUGUGAAUGAUAUACAUGAUUCGGCGAAGAGCCUUUUCAACACCCGUUUCCGUAUGUACAUCAACGACCAAAUCAAGAAAGUGAAACUUAAUCAAUUGGUUUCGAAUUGAAGCAAGACGAUUGAGGCCCUAAUUAACGCUUAAUUAACAGUUAACUCAUAUUUGUGUUGAGAAAUAAUAUCGACAAAUUCCGUUCUCUAAUGUUUAUUAAAAUCUGCGUUAAAUAGUUCCAAUAACAAGUCGGAAUUAUACUAAAUUACCAAAGUGAUUUUUCGUGUUGACAAAAACAUUCACUUCUUAAACUCUCUAAUAUUAAUUAAAAACGGCGUCAAAUAGUUUAACGUCAGAUUAGAAUUCUUCAUAAUCUCAACAAUGUCGGUACUUUACGCCAUUAUCAUCAAUGGGAUUUACCACCUCCGCAAUUUAAAAAUAAACUGCCCUUGGAUUACAAGAAUUGGUAUGAUGAUUGUGACUGAAUUCGCACAUUUUAAAGAAAGAUACUCCAUGCAUAUACAGUAUUCGAUUAUAUGUUUCGAUUUUUGUUGCCUUGUCAACAGUCGACACCGUGCAAACUAUUGUGUGUAUUAAACUAUUGAGAAACAACAUGGAUGAGAUUAGUUCUGAACUGAUUAGCUGAACGUGCGCAUUCAAUUUGGACUUGUUGUUAUUUUGCGCGAACAUAUUUGCGUAUUUACUGCUUGUUUUUCGAUUGAUCGUAAAUGAUCAUGUUGAGUUUAUGGCGAUUGCAUGCUGCUUGGAUGUUGCAAAAACACUUUUUUGACAUUUAAUGCGUUUUUUUUUUCAUAUUAGAAGAUAACAACUCAGUCCUGUCGUGUUGAUGAUGAUUCGCGCUAAAACUACAUAAUUAAGCACCCUUGGACUAUAGAAGUUUAGCAUUCUUUUAACGCUGUUUGCAGGUUGCACAUUCGCUGUAGGCUUGCGCAAAUGUACGCAUUUCUUUCAGAGAACAAUAGAGACCAAGCUGACAUCUAUACUCAGAGCUUCAUUAGGUAGCACGCGCUAGCGUAAUUUUGCUACUAUGCAUUCUGUUUGCAGGUUGGACAUUCGCUGUAGGCUUGCGCAAAUGUACGCAAUUAGUUUAAAUUUCUUUCAGAGAACAAUAGAGACCAAGCUGACAUCUACUCAGAGCUUCAUUAGGUAGCACGCGCUAGCGUAAUUUUGCUACUAUGCAUCCUAUUUGCAGGUUGGACAUUCGCUGUAGGCUGCGCAAAUGAACGCAAUUAGUUUAAAUUUCUUUCAGAGAACAAUAGAGACCAAGCUGACAUCUACUCAGAGCUUCAUUAAGUAGCACGCGCCAGCGCAAUUUUGCUACUGUGCACGCUGUUUGCAUGUUGAGUAUUUUCAAACAAGUGUGCGCAAUUAUUGCAUUUUUUGUAAACACCAGCUGUGAACAAGUUUGUGGUAUCUUUCCGUAUCCUUGAAAAUUAUAAACAUUAGGUCUUCUACCGUUUUGCCAUAUAUGGUACUAUUUGCAUGUCGCGACAUUAAUCUGAUAUACUUUUGUCUCAAUAUGCCCACUGGCGAAAGGUCAAAGCAUUUGCAAUCUUUGACCCUAAAGAACACGCAACAUAAGAUGUGUACACUUAAUAUAUAUUGCAUCUGUCGAUGUACUGUAUGUAUAACGCCUAUUUAAAUCUAUAUCGAAUUGCGCCUAAUUACAUUUAAUUUAAGCAAAAGUAAUAGCAAUGUGAUUUAAUUUGUUUUUUAACUAAAUUCGAUCAAUAGCAAAAGCGAAAACAAAAUAUUAGCGAUGAAUGGUCUUUAGACGUUUCUUUCCAGACGUCUAUUUUUGGCAUAUAGACGGAAUUACAAGGAUAUCCACGUAGCAAAUUGGCAUGUAUCUUUGUUUUUGCACAACAGGAAAAAUUAUGUAAUAGAUAUAUAUUAAAUAUGAGUGGGUGACUGUGAAGUAUUGUUUAAUAAACGAGCAGGAGUGUUUUAUUAGGUUUAAAGCCACUGCACGUGACAUAUUAUGGUUGACAUGAUUUGCCAAUAAGCUUAUGAAUUGUAAGUGCAGUCACUCAAAGUCCUCUUUUACAGGAACCUAUUUAAAACCAGAUCGUCAAUAACAUUUCUUGCACAUUUUAUAUAGAACAUUCAAAAUUCCAUGUGCAUGAAUUGGCGUAUUUCAUUUUCUCCUUGAUUAAAAAGAACGAAGGGAGAUAUUGAUUCCAGAAUUGUAUCAAGGAGAUUGUGGUUGCAACCCGACGAAUAAAUUGUCAUUGCACAUCACGUUAGUUCCGUAUGAGAGUGUACGGCCAUGCAAUAUUUAAAAGGAGCUGUGUAAUUACGCUAUAGGCCUAAAGCACAUAAGUUUACAACUGUGUCUUUGCGACCUCUGAGAUUGUGGGUUUGAUUCGCGUUCGAGACUCAGGUAAUUCAUGAGAAAAGAGCAGGGCCUCUGUGAGGGGGGGGGGAGGGGCAAAUUGCCCCGAGCAACCACCUUAAUAUGGCCCCAACUUCAGAGCGAGAGCCUAAAAUUGAGUAGGUUCUUUAAAUUGGUCACGGCAUUUUUGAAAUUGAGGGCUCUUUACAAUACCUCUACAUUCAGUUUAGCUAAGUUCUUUUCUCAAUCUCUUUUAUGUAAUAUAUAUUUUCCUUUUUAUUUCAAGAUUUAUAUGUUUUAUAUUAUAUACCUUUUGUUCGCAACACUUGUUAUGAAGAUGUUAUAUAAGCAUAAGCAUAGACCUAAUGGGAAGAAUUGUUCCGGGUCCCGCGAAUUCUCUUGGCGGCCCUGGAAAAGAGUCAGUUAACAUGCUACACUAAGAACGUCGUGACUCUUCUCGGCGUUACUUGCAAUUAUUGCAAAAGACAGCUCAGUCUGAUCCAAGACUUUCUUGGAUCGUCCCUGGAAACCGCAUUAUGACAGAAUUAUACGUACAUGAUCACAGAACAGCGCUACGGUGGAAGGGUCACUUAGGGGCUUUAUAGUUCCCAACACACCCUGCCAAAAUUCGCCCACCUUCCUGGUAGAGGGGGGGGGGAGAGAGAACGGAAGACUCACCUCCGUUUUAUAAUUAUUUUUCCUAGUUGACGUUUGUACGAAAAGAAAUAAUCCAUGCAGCAGAAAUGCCGUAUGUGUGAAAGGAAAGAGAGGUUCUUACGAAUGUGUCUGUGAAGAUGGAUACAGGAAGAAUGGGAAAAGAUGCGAAGGUAAAAUUCAAGAAUAAAUCUUAUAAAUUAUGCAGGGAGUCGUGCACGCUUCAAGGGAUAGGUAUUGCCUUUUCUUUUCAUUAAAUAGUUGCUUUCCGCCUUUGGGUAAAAUCUGUUAAUUAAUUCCUAAAAUUCACUAUAUACAAGCGCAACGAAUCAUUUUUAACUCAUAGAAUACAAGCAACACAGCCUAGCAUCACAUUAUCAUGUUUGUUGUAAUGUUAAUUCUAUUUUCAAGUAAAUUUCGGUAGCACAUCUAGAUAUAGUUCAUACAGUAACUAAAACAUAGCUGGAACAAUGUAAUUUGUACAACUAUGGAAUUUUCAAUUAGAAGUAAUAUAUGAACAACUAGAGCGAGUGUUUCACCGGGAUAUCCAAACACGAGAAAACAAUGUAUGAAAACACGAGCGCGAAGCGCGAGUGUUUUCAUACAUUGUUUUCGAGUGUUUGGAUAUCCCGUUGAGACACGAGCUCGAGUUGUUUAUAUGGCUUCUCAAAUGAAUCGAGACGUAACAGAAUGUUUUCGUUUGCUGAUUUGAAUGGAAUUCUUAACCAAGCAUAACGUAAUUAGGAAUUCUAUUCAAGUAAUUUUGCAUGCGUAAUUAAGAUAUUUGAUGAAAACACUAGUGACUUUCAUCAAGUAUUCAAAUGGCAUCUUGUGAUCAAAUAAGUGAUUAUCAUUGGAUGAAUUGCUCAUGAAUUAUUAAUGAAUUUGAGAAAGUUAAUUACUACAUUUCUGGAUAGUUAACAGCUUUAAAAUAGUCCCUCCCUUUUAGAUGGCCAUUGACGAUAAUGUAGUCGUUCAAAGAUGUACUAUUUCGGUCACUGUCAGUAAUAUUAAUUGUCAACCUCGUUCCCAGGGCUUCAGUGUGAGGACGAGGCGAUACAUGAGGAAGCCCUGGUCCCGGCCGGUCACGUGACGUCAAAAAAUGGCAGUAUUUGACAGCUACUCGUCAAGGAGUGGCGAGAUAUUCUUUAAUGAAAUAUUCAAGUCUUCGAAACAAAUAAAUAGCCAAAAGACUUCUCAAUCGAUAUUAUUUAUGUGUAGAGCGAAGUUUGGGACGAAUCAGCUAAAAUCUAUGAAGAUCCCGUCUAUGUUUUCGAAGAUAUACCAAUAUUUCUGGAGAUUUUCAACUACAGGCAAACUGCAUCCAAGUACAGAAUAUUGUAUACGGAUUCGCUUGUUUCGCUGGACACCAACACUUGCCGUUCAGGAGCAAUGCUUGCCUACAAAUUUUAUCCCCUUCACAAUCUUUGUUUUAUUUUAUCGUAUAGUCGCAAUUUUCAAGUAUUCGGGGUAUUCUGGAACUGUGAAAAUCGGUGGCGUGACGAAUCUUGUAGGGACUACAUCGGCCAAGGCGUAGAGCUAUUAAGUAAACAGGGCCUAAAUUACUUUAGUAGUUUCAUUUAAUUGUUUGUCUUGCUUUUAUUUGUCAGUACAGAAUAUUGUAAAUUAAAAUAUUACUACAAUGCAAUACGCGUAGUAUUUCAUCAGACAUCUGCACUACAUUAUAAAUACUGUACAGGGAAAACUACGGCUCAAAUAAUAGUAGACGUUUCUUGUUUUGUCAGGCUCGCGUCUCAGCUCACGUCGACACGGCUUUUGCGUUUUGUAACCGGCCGAGGCGAAAUCAUGCAGUCGGGAAAACGUCUCAUUUUGAAAGAUUAUUUUGCAAAACAUACUCGUACACAUAAGAAUCAUAAAAAUACAAAUGUUGAAUUGUUAUUGUCAACUGUUAAGUUCAGUUAUUUUUAGACAAUAUGGUGUUAGCCAAUCAGAAUGCAAAAUUGACCGGCCCGGACCAGGGCUUCCUCGUGUCUCGCCUCGUCCUCACACUGAAGCCCUGGGAACGAGGUUGAUUAAUUGUUUAUAAACGUCAGAAUAUCAUGUAUAACGUGGUCAUCAAGUGACUAGAAGUAUAUGCAUAUACAUAAUCUCUCGCCACGAUUACAAAACCACAAUAUUUUCAGUCAAACAUGAAGUAUUAGCAGUAGUAUUAGUUGCUAUGGUAACACAAUUAUUUAUAUUUUUGUACAAAAUUGUAAAAAAAUAAUUAAUGGAGUACGUACAGUAUUAUUUUUAAUGGAAAAAUCAUCAAUUUCCAAAAUAGAUAUGUUAGGUUUGUUAUUAUACGAAAUAUAAGUUGCAUGGAGUUUGGUAACGUCGUACCCAGGAUCUUUCUUCUUGGAGAGAAAAGACUCUGGUAGACGCUGGUCACGUGAUCUAUUAACUAUCUUGGAUUCCUUUAAGACAAUCAUAGAAAAUGCAAAUUAUAAUUAAACUAUAAAAAUCAUCCAAAUAUCAAAUAUAUAUUGACCUCAUCUUGGAUUGCUAAUUAAAAUGGCUGCUAGAUUUUAGCAGAUCACGUGACCAGCGUCUACCAGGGUCUGUUCUCCCCCCGUCAAGAGGAAAGACCCUGGUUACGAGGUUGGGAGUUUAACAAUGUAAAUCAGUUUUAUACGAGAUAAAAACAUUUUGAAAAGUUUAUAAAGCUUAACUAAACUGCUUUUUAUCGAAAAACCUCAAGUUUAAGCUAAAAUCAUUUGUAAUUAUGCGAUUCUUUCAGUCUCAUUUAUGUAAUAUAUAUUUCCUUUUAUUUAAAGUUUUAUAUUAUAUCAGUAAUAAUAAUUAAUGAAACUAUACACUGCAUACGAUGGGUUUUUAUACGCAUAGCAUUAAUUCAAUACAUCAACAUUUAAAGCACCCUUGCCUUGUUUUACGUUAUUCUGCAAUAUAUAGCUCCUAAUUUUUUGUUAUUAAGAAAAAGCGAAUCAAAUGUUUACCUGCGCCUCUCGCUAAAUGGCUUUUCCGCCUUCGCUUUGAUGUAUUUCAAAUUCCACGAAUCCUACUCCUGAUAUUCGCCACAUUUUUGGGCGUAUAGAAAUCUUACUUAUUCGAGUUGAUUUUUAUUCCUCUAGAUAUUGACGAAUGUUUGCAAGAUAAUGGUGGCUGUGCGCAUAUCUGUACGAACUUGCGAGGAAGUUAUGAAUGCAGUUGUAAAGGUCUUGAUUACAGACUUCAUGCGGAUAAACAUGAAUGUGUUGGUAAGACGCCAUUUUUUAAGGUGGGCUGAUUUAGCAAAGAACCCACUGGAAAGUAUUACUCUUAACGUCUUAUCACAGCAGUAAUUAAUUUGUCCUCAACUGCAUGUCAAACCAAACAUUCAUUGCCAUUGCGUUGGCAACACAGAGACGCCUGAGACGUGAUUGAAGAUUUUAGGAAAUACUAGCAUGAAUAAGAUUUAGCCUGUCUCUUUAAUUUUGCACUGCACUGCACUGCACUCUAUUUCACAUUACGACCAUUUACACAAGUAGUCACCUAUAGUUCACAAACACUUGUUAUGAAGAUGUUAUAUAAGCAUAUACAGAGCUAACGUGGUUUAUAUCGUUGCUUCGCAAUUCAGAACAUUGGAUAACUCGCAUGCAUAGUCUGCGACUAUAGCACAUUGCAUAAAUCGUUUUUCCGUGUUUGAAGAAAAAGAUCUAUUGAAAGAGAUAUUUUGUUAUGAAAAAGAUGCAUUGUUUUUCAUAAGAUGCAACCUUACUCCCGUCACCAUCUCUGCAAAAUCACAUACCACAUCUAACGAUCUCUUCAUUCCAUCAAAACUGUGACUUGUUCUACUUCAUCUCUUCUUCUUUCCUGUUCCUUGCCAUAACUAUCUUACUCCCGUCACCAUCUCUACAAAAUCACAUCAUGUCCACCACAUCUUACGAUCUCUUCAUCCCAUCAAAACUCUGACUUGUUCUACCUCAUCUCUUCUUCUUUUAAAUUCCUUGCCAUAAUUAUCUUACUCCAAUCAGCAUAUCUGCAAAAUCACAUCAUGUCCACCACAUCUUAUGCUCUCUUCAUUCCAUCAAACUCUGACUUGUUCUACUUCAUCUCUUCUUCUUCAUAAUUAUCUUACUCCAAUCAGCAUAUGCAAAAUCACAUCAUGUCUAUCACAUCUUAUGCUCUCUUCAUUCCAUCAAACUCUGACUUGUUCUACUUCAUCUCUUCUUCUUUUAAAUUCCUUGCCAUAAUUAUCUUACUCCAAUCAGCAUAUCUGCAAAAUCACAUCAUGUCCACCACAUCUUAUGCUCUCUUCAUUCCAUCAAACUCUAACUUGUUCUACUUCAUCUCUUCUUCUUUUAAAUUCCUUGCCAUAAUUAUCUUACUCCCGUGACCAUCACCAUCACCAUCGCCGAUAGAAAUCAAACUUGUGAUUUGUGCGAUCUUGUAACCACAUCCAAAUUGCACUCCACUCAGUUUAAUUAGUAUUAUUUGUAAUUUUGUGUAGAUCUAACCAACGUUGAUUCAAUCACAAGAAAAAUCAGACUGAGGAUCCAAGUUAAACAAUGCAAGACAAACGCAAAAAUCGCAUCAAACAUCAAGCGAGAUCUUCGUCUACUGAUAUCUAAAGACGUCUGUAGCGCUCCAUGUGAAAUCCAUGCUGUCACACUGAAAUGCCGAAUACGGAAGAAGACGAACAUACUUCUAACAAAUUUUGAGAUCAAAAUGGAUCCCAAUGUGAUCUUCUCCCGUGCAAGGUGUAACUCAUCCUGUCUGAAAUGUAAAGCAGAGAGCAAACUACAAAAGAUUAUUUCAAAUUUAAAACGCCUAGUCAAUUCAGAUAAGUUUGUUCUUGCUUUUGAUGGACACAAAUAUCUGUUGGACCGGAAGGAUGUUAAGGGAAUGAAGCCAAGAAGUCGCUGUGAAAGGACUUCCAAGAGAAACGGUAAGAGUUUUUGUUUGGAAAGAAAUGCAAGCUGGACUUGCUGCCAUUUUAUUGAGUUAAAAAAUGUCCGUGGUUAUAAAUUUUUAUUUUCAAAGCAACAAAGAAUGCAGUGAGGCCAUGCAGAUAUUGCAUGGAUUGGUUCGCUAAUUAUGUUCAGGUAAAUUUCAAUUUUCAACCUACUCUACCUACAGGAGUUCGCGAAGAAAAAACAUAUAGCUAAAAACUUUUUUAAUUUGGGAGGCUCGAUUGCACAUCUAGUAAUGCCUUUGACUUUCUUCCAUACAAAAGCCCCUACUCAAGGCAAGCAACUUAGCGAAAAUCACCGUGUUGUAGCCUAGCAGGAAUUUCGAUUUUGAUUUAUCGACAUUUUGCAGGCUCAUGCCGACGUGGUAGUUACUUUGACGUCAUAUCUCAUCAAUGUUUAAAAUGUCCACGUGGCACAUAUCAAAACCAAGAUUCUGAAAAAUUCUGCUACCGUUGCCCCGGCAACACAACGACACUUGAAUCUGGAGCGAAGAGUAAAUCAAAAUGCAUAGGUAGGUAAAUUAUAUUAACUUUUUUAAACUUUAUGCUAACUAGAACUUAACUUAACUUUAUAUUAACUUUUUUUAACUUUAACUUUUUUUGCUUUAACUAGUCAAAAGUAAAACCCUCAGUUAAAUAGUUAAAUCUGAAGGUAGAUAAGUUAGAUUUGAUUCACCAACAGGGAAAUCCGUAGUUUAAACUGGUAAACACAGUUUCGAGACAUAGUUGUCUGCUACAAAUACACUCUUUCAAUAAAGUUGUCAAAAUGCAUAAAAAGGGAAUAAUUGUAAUGGUAAUUCCAGAUUAUACUGUAUUGUACUGAUUACCAGACCAUUUUGAAAACCUAUUUCUUUUAAACGGCAAGUACAUAAUUAUAAUACUAGGAGAGCUAAUGAAUUUUACAUUGCAAUUCCAAGAACAAAUCUACGGCAAUUUUCAAUUAAAUAUCAAGGUCCACUUCUUUAUAACAAUCUAAAUAAUAAUAUAAUAAAUAGUGUAUCAUAUUCGUCAUUUACCAAAAAAAUGAAAAAGCAUCUCUGCUCGUCAUUAAACUGUUUUAAGCUGUAAAACGAAGAGAUUUACAUAAAAAAAAUAAAUUCAGAGGCGGCAGAAAAUCGAGAGGCGGGCGGUGACGCUAACCAAGUAUUUUUUUUUUUAUUUGGCCUAACUAUGUGUGACGUUUCUAAGGGGGGGUGGGGGGGGGAAACGAACAUAUGACGUUUCUCAUGGACGAAAUCGAUAUGUGAGGCUUCUCUUAUAUUAUAGAACCAAUUAUGUUCAUAUAUAUAAUUAUCAUUGAGAUAAAUUUAACAUAAGAGGAGGUUUGUUACACAUAAUAAGCCAAGUGGUUUUUCAUCAAACCUCCUCGUCACAUAAAUACCUACUCUUGUAAACUGUUAUUAUUACCCUUUUGUAAAUUAAUACUUUUUUAACCUUUGUAAAUAAUUAUCUGUGAUUGUGUGAUUUGUGUGACAAAUCUAAUAAAUUCAAAAUUCAAAAAAAUAAAAUUCAAAUUCAGUAACUAUUAAGGCCUAAUAUUUCGGACAAACUAACAAUAUAACUAGAUUAAGUCUAAGAAACUCACUGAGAUAAAACAAUGCCUAAACAUUUUUUGGCAUUACAAUCGCAUUAGAAUUACAUAGAUGUCAAAACAAGUUAAAUCCCUGACAUCCAGGCCCGUAGCAAGGGGGGGGGGGGUAAUUGGUGGUCGUAACCCCCCCCCCCCACACACACACACACACACACACACACACACACACUUUUUGUAAUGAUCAAUAUUGUAAUUCUUCCAAAAGUGAGAAGAAACUAGGGGGGGUUAAACUUUCUUUAUACAUUAAUUUGACGUGUUAUAUUAUUAGUUUAUUACGUACAUGCUUUGUUAAUCUUGUAAAUAUUUCAUCUAUGGCAUAAAAUAAACCAAAUUUAUGGCAUAUAGGUCACCAAAAGGCCAUGCCAAAUAUGCGCGUGGGGGCGUUUCGCUAACCUUAAAAUUAAAAAAUUUCCGGGGACUAUGCUCCGGCUUUUAGAACAGUACUUUUAUGUAUUUGGCACUUUAGACCCCCUAUUCGUAUGGGGCUGGCUACGCCGCUGCUGACAUCUGAUUAAAAAAUGCGUUGCAGGAAAUCAAAUAUCCAAUUAUUCGUCAGAGCGAGCGCCGUUCACCUCUGAGAACGUGAUUCGAUUCUCGCUACAGCCUAUGCGCUACAGCCAUGCGCUCUGCCGAUCUGCGCUCUGCGCUCUGCCGAUUCUCGCUACAGCCAUGCGCUCUGCCGAAAGUCUCUGCCGUCGCUCCGAUCCAGUUUCCUUCCAUAGAAAUAGUUGACCGUGUGGAUUAGGAUAAACACAUUUAGAAAAGUAAUGUCACAAUUGUUGUAAAGAUAAUUACUAAGUAUAUAGGUAAUACAAGUAAGCGUAGUACUUGAUGUAAUCGGUCACUGGAAAGCCCCGUUGGGCUAAAAGAAAUCGUGUGAGUUAUAGACCUUAUUCAUAAAUCGUGACGAGGCCUCGUAUCCUAGGAUACGGGAACAAAACGCGGGAAAACAAGCGAAAACUGCUUGACAAGCCAAAUUCAGAUGCUAUUGUGUCGACCUUAACGGCUUGUUUCUUGCUGCUUUUUGCGAUUCAUAACGAUUUUUGUGUGUAUUUUAAGACUUUGUGCCCACAACGAAAGCGUGAACGAGUAUAUUAUAAAAGCGACCGGUUUUUCUCCCGUUUUUGUGUGGAAAAAAUGACAACGUAGCGGUGGUGUUUAUCCAGAAGCGAAAAACAGUAUUUUACUGAGAUUUUAACGUCAACAUAAAGGUUUAUUCCGUGAAGAAUCAAGACAACUAUGGAAUGGAAGUAUAAUUUUUCGAAUUUGACAUAAAUAUGAAAGAAAAUAACAGUAAAAAAUCACAAGAGAACGUCAAAUGUUAUUGAUUCGUACGGGAAAAUAUGAACUAUGGCUGUGGCUCGAUAACAUUCUGCAAGCAGCUUACAAGUUUAAAAAAUGAAGGCUACAUUACCUGAGUGAGUUGUAAUCCCAUUUCUUCAACAAUAGUUUCAUAUUUCUUACGAUUUUGGUGUUGUAUAGACGUUUUGUAGCCUUGUUGGUUGUUUGUUUCGGCCAUACAAACUACGACAAUAAUACAAAGUCAAAGGUUUCCUUUUUCGAUUGACUCCAGCAUCUUUUGCUUCAAAUAUCAUGUAAUAUUUUCUCAGAAGUAUUUUUUCAACUUUCAAGCUCAGUUUUAUAGAUAUUAUUUUCGAAAAAAGCCGUAAAUAUUCACGAAAAAAGGCUGCCAUAGCCGACAGCAAAAAAAACAUUUUGUCAAUUUUCCCGCGUUUUUCCCCGUUUCCUAGGAUAGGAGGCCUCAUCACGAUUUAUGAAUAAGGUCUAUGGAUGGCCAAUUUCUCACUUGAGCUGCAUGCUACACUUCUUUUACAACUCCGUGGUGAAGACGCAAGUACUCUGUAAAUGACCACUGCAUGCAUAAUAUAGGGCUAGCCAGCAUCACUAGCCAGCAUUGUAGAUGGUUUUGUAGGUGGAAAUUGCGAGACCAAUCAUUAGACCUAUAACCAGGAGCAGCUGCGAAAAAUGCAACUAUUGAGCAUGACCCUCUGGUAGGAAUAAAAGCCGCGGCCUUGUGAUUCUGGCACAGCGCUCAAACUAAGCCGCGUUGUCAAGCUCUCGACGCAAGGGCAGUUGUCAAGCUGUCAAGGGCAGUUGUCAAGCUCUCGACGCAAGUUCUUGUUUAUAUACCACACAUGGAAUUUAAUUUUACUGUUCGAAACAAGGGCAAACCACUCAUUUAAAAUCCGUAUAAGUCCGGCGAAAGUUGGGAACUCUGUAAAAGUUUACCGAUAUAUGCUUCACAAGUAAAAUUUCUAAAAAUUCAUAAAAUAUUCGCUUGAGAUCUAAUUUAAAAAUUUACCUCUUGAUUUAAUUAAAUCUUAAUGCAUGUGUUUAAACACUUAUGCAUGUGGUUCAAUAUUAUCCUGAGUAAAUACGGAUUCUUACGACUGUCCAGGUACUGAUAUUUCUAACAGUAUAUUAUACUUAUAUUCAUUCAGCAAAAUCGGAUAUAGUUACUUUUUAACGCAUAUAGCUUCAUUAGAAUAUUGAAAAUAAAUAAUACUAUUUUAAUUGCUACAAAAAGUCCGAUGAAACUCCCAAAUCGUUCUACCAUAAAAUAUCCAAACUUUCGAAAGUCCAGAAGUCUCGGAUAUUUUUCAAAAGUGAUUUGCCCGUCUAUCUCAAAUCUCCAGAUUUUCCCAAACCAUUAAAUGGAAUGGGACGGAGCACGGUCAUGCACAUGAUUGUUCUGAAAAGUUCUGACGGCCCUGAUUUUCAAGUAGUGCGAGGGAGAGCAGACUACAGGAGCCAGGAAGUUUUCCCAUCAAUGCAUCCAUUGAAAUUUUUAAUUAACAAUACACAUCUCGUAAAUAAAUAAUACGAAUACCAUUAAUAAAUUAAUAUUCUGUAUAUUUUUUCGACUUUAUCCUGGGCAAAACAAUUAAAAACGUGUUUUUGUACAAGUAAUCCUCCAACGCACGAUGCCUGCUUGGGUUUCAAAGCUCUAUCCACAAGUUCAUGUAUGUAGGCUAGGGUACUGCCAUGUGUAGGUCAUCGUAUACCCUAGUAUAUUUACAUGAUCUUGUGGUUGGAGGUCGACAACUGGUCUCUGUAGCUCAGUUAGUUAGAGCGCUGCACCUUAUUUAUUUAUUUAUUUACUUAGCUUUGCCAACUAGUGUAGGGUCACCACAACAGCAUAUGUCAAUUACUGUGGGCCCUUUUUACCUAACCCACCCUGUCAACUUUCCUGAGGGAGGAAACUAGAGUACCUGGAGAAAACCCACGACUUUCGGCAGAGCGUUAACUUUUACUCUUUUCACAUGAGGACUGGGUUUGAGUCGCAUUGAGAAAGUUCUCACUGAGAUUUGAACCUGCAGCCUUAGAGGUGAAAGGCAAGUGCGCUAACAACUUCACCACCGAGGCCCCAGGAAUUCGCAGGACCACAGGUUCGAUUCCUGCCAGGAACUUAAAGUGGCAAAGCUUGCAUUUUUCGCAGCUGUUCCUGGUUAGAUCCAAUAAUUGUAUAUAAAUUUCCUCUGGAUAAUUUCCAUCUAGAAUACCCUUCUACUAUUUCAUAUUGCUAAAGUGGUUUUUUUUCUUCUGUAUAGAAACGAACUGUGGAUGGUCCUUGAAGAAUGCCAAGUCAGGUUUCAUUCACAGCCCCAACUUUCCUGAUCCCUAUCCUCCCGGUAUCACUUGCGAAUGGAACAUCGAUACUGUUGAAAAUCAUACCAUGUUCUUCCUCAUACCCAGGCUCUCGCUACCCCUGACCGCGCCAUGCUCGGAUUACCUGGUCAUACGAGAGAGCUCGAGCCCUUAUUCUGUGCAUACAUAUCAAACAUGUGAAAGCAACCCUGAUCCUGUAGUCAUUGUGGCGAGAAGCAAGAAACUUUAUGUCAAGUUUCAUUCCAGUAGUUUACUGAGUGCUGGGGGAUUUAAGAUGCGCUUUGCUACAUAUAAAGGUAAAACUAAAUAUGACAAAAUUAAGCUGACUUUAUUCCCCGCUUUCCACUACACUCGUUUUCAAACUAUAUAGUGGUUAUAUUAUGAUUUUGUUGUGCUUAAAUUUUGCAACAGUUAUCACUAAAAUAUCUUUGACAUCACUCGAAAUUCGUUUACACAUGGAUAAAGCAUAUACAGGAAAACGAGCCACAGAACUCAGAGUUGUACGUUUUUUUAAGUAGAAUUAGCCUUACUAAACAUUGACUGGCAGAGCUGCAGACCCUCCGACUCUCUCUCCCUCCACGAACCAGCUUCCCUGUCUCUGCCAUUAAUGACAGUGACCCAUACAUAUCUGGAGCAAGAUUGUUGCCCAAUAAAUUAUAAAAGUCGUAAAUGGUAUUAACAUCAUGAGUUCCAGCUAAUCCCAGUUGUUUUCUAAGGGCCGUAUCGCUAUAGACAAGUCAAAUCCAGCUUCUUGUUAACCGCGCAGACAAAAACAAAAGAAAGGGACUGAAACUAACGUCCAAGUUCCGCCAUCUUAUAGCUUCACUUCUUACACUCGAGAUUUCGUUCCAGAUAUACAUUGGUUAAUAUUAGUUCACAAGUGAUUUUUUUUGUUUUUUGCACAUUUGUACGUACAAAAGUUUUUUUUCAAUUCUAGUUUUGACUUUUAAAAGAAACUUGCAGAAUUACUCGACAAAAGCGUAAUCUCGUGUUUUUCCAUACAAUGAAACAUUUUCUGUUUUAGAUUUAGUGAGUGACUUGGUUGAAGACAUUAUCCAAGAUGGCAACAUGUAUAAUAAGAAGAGUCACAGGCAACUGUUACAGGUAAAGGAUCUUCUUUUAAGAGAAUUUUCAUGUAGUAUUUAUUUUGAAGAAUAAAAAUGUUAAAAAAAGGCAAGAGUUGGGUAUUGGUGUAGGUAUACAGCUAUUUCAAUUAAGGAUGUCCAGAGAAAACCGCACAACCUCCAAGCGCGAAAAGCAUUAUUAUUAUAAGAUCGUUUAGGCAAACAUAUUAGCACAUUUAUGCUAAUCAACUAAAUCAAGUGAAUUUAAUUCCCAAAGGAAUCAAGCAUAUCACAAAAACAACUUUCUUCAACAUUAAAAAUCUUUAAAAUUCCAAUGAAUUCUGCCAAGUUUGUCAGUUAUUGAAUUGGGUUAGAUGAGCAAAUGAAAUCUGAGAAAGGUGAUAAUAAACGGGAAUGCCGAUACCAAAACGGCUUGUGUGGAACGUAGCAACCGCAUGACAACGGAGUGUUCCGACUAUCAAUUAUAAUUACAUAUAUUGUGUACAUGCCCAUCGUUAUUUAAUCGCAUAGAGGUUGAGAGUUUGCAGUUUUGAUUUUUGACUUUGAAAAGAUUAAUAUAUAAUCUCAAUUGAAUUAGCUGUAUGUUGCAUGAGGUUAACUCACAGCGCAGGGAAUGAGGUUGAGGGAAAGUGGAAAGAUAUUUAGGGGAGAUGAGGCGGCAUGGACUCCAGCCUUCCUGGGUUUUUAGGCUUUAAACCAUAACACCCACGGUGGCCCUGCGCCCCUUAGUGGAACUGGAACGAUAACUCGGGCUGUAUUUUUGAAGCCAAGAUGGCGGGAAUUGAAGACGGUCCUGUUGGUAUGAUCCAGAUCCCCACGCCGAAACUCGCCGAAUUCAGUACGAACAUUCCAUUCCAUGUAAUUUUCCAAUAACUUUACCAUGGCCAAAGAAAGCUGGAGCCACUGGUUUCUCAGAAUAACCAAAUUUUAGAAACACUUCAUCAUAAAAAGCAAAUUAUUUGAAGACUGAAAAACAAGUUCAGAAAAAACCCUGCGGAGAGACACCAGCAAAAUUCUGUUUUUACUAGGACUGUACGAGAUUUGAACUGAACACAGAAUAAUAUGGACUGCAGUUGCAUUAAUCUUACCUUUUCAUUUAGUUCUUAGCUUUUAGGUAUUUAGCAUUAUAAUGUUAUCUAGCAUUAGAAUGAGCAUUUAUGUGCGAGAAUGGAAAAACAUCGAUAUCGGAAAACUUUAGCUCCCACGAAGCCCACGCAAAAAACACGCAUGUUUUAUAUCUACAAGAGAUCACUCUACAGGCAGCCAUCUUGGCUUCACCCAAUCAUACAACAAUUUACCUUGAGUUAUCGUUCCAGUAUUUAUAGAGUUAACCGCUUCCCCUCCUUUCCUCUGAAGUUACGUGACGUAUGUAUGUAAUGUGCACAUAGGCCACCCAGAGUGAGAGAGAGGGGGGGGGGAGACAAAGCUGGCUAAAGUGGACCCUAACUAAAAAUCAUGUUAAUAAACAAUAAUGUCAAAUCGUCUCUCAGAAAUUAGCCAAUUUGUAUUCCCCCCAGAUCACCCAAAUUAUCUGGGAGGUUCUGAAAUUUCGCACUAUACUUGCGAUUGGGAGGGUUUCAGCGACCUCAAAAAUACAAAUAAAAUUUCGACGUUUCGAGCGGCCUGUCGUCGGUGAAGUUAGUAACAUGAAUCUGGGAAAUAACUUGAGCUUUUGUACUAGUGAACAUAAAAGCGAUUACGUAAGAAAGAAUCGGAUGGAUUUGAUCAAAAUAAAGUGCAUUUUCUAUAUCCAUGCUACUAACUUCCUGACUUAAUCUCUGUCAAUCUCUGUCGAUCUGUCAAUCUGUUGAAUCUCUGUCAAUCCAAAGCUUUUUGGUAUUACAGUUACUGCCUACGCUGGCACAAGUCGUUUUUUGGAGUUCUUUAAUUAUUAUUUUAACAUAUCCAAAUAUGUCUGACUUUCAGUCCAGGAAAGCGUAAUCCAAAUAUAGGGUUAACCUCCGGUUUCUCGUGCAAAGGCCUUGAUACUUUUGUAAUACUAGGUUCUUUGAAUAAAUUUAUGUAUGUUGUUAUGUUAUGUUAUCCCUUUUUAUAAAAUAACCUUUUAAUAACGCCUGCGCUGAUUGGUUGAAAAGCGAAAAAUCCCGUGUUUCUAUAACGCUAUAGAACACGGAAAUUUUCCACGAACCUCAAAACAACACGCUAAAAACAAACGUUUUCGCCUGAAAUAUCGAUUAAAAAUCUUCGUCAACCUUAAAUUUUGUUAAACAAGCAAUGGAAAACACUUACCAAACGUUUUUUUCGCUUUAAAUUUUCUUUAAAUCAACUUUUUCAGUGUGUUUAUUUCCAUAAUGAUGAUGCCGGUAUUGUUGCUAGGCAACAUUUUCUUGUUAUUGUGUAAUGAGAAUAUACUUUUUAAUCGCGUUAAAAAUAUUGUUUUUGUGUUAUUAUCACAAGGUUAUUUAAUAAAGGAAAUAGAAAACAUUUUUUCCUGUGUUUCUAUAGAGUUAUAGAAAAACUUGUGCUAGUUUGGGAGAACUCGAAAUAACGUGGAAACACUCGCACUACGUGCUCGUGUUCCCACUGAUUAUUUCUCGUUCUCCCAAACUAGCACGCGUGUUUCUAUAACUCUAUAGAAACACGAAAAAUGUUUUCUAUUUCUUAACUUAAAUAUAACAAUGCUCAUGUGGUGUAAAAGUGCUCCUUAAUAGACAAUAUUUCCUCUUUUCCUUCCAGAAUGAAGACACAACUGCAGAUCUGUUCGCAGUGUUAGGAGAUCCAUUAACCUUUCCUUCUUACUAUACUGAGGAGUAUCUAUCGAAACUACCACCAUCUUUUAUCAAAUUCAUCAGUAGCAAAGUAUCAAAGUAUUUCUUCAAUCCCACAUAGAUAAACUACAGAUGCAGGAGGUAGCAGAGUUCUGACUGUAGACGUAUUUAGUGCGGCUGAACAGCCUAUAUGACUGUUGCUCAAGGACAACUAAAAAACCGUUCUGAACAAAUUUUUUAUGUAAAAUAUACUAAGUGUAAGUUGUAGAUAUGUAGAGUUGUAGUUGUAAAAUUUAGAGACGUUGUUGACUCAGAAUGCAGAAGAUUUGAAGAAUCCUGCCUGACAUCUGGCGCCUAAUCUCUGUAAAUGCUCACCUGUGGGUUAAAAAUAAAUAGAUGACAAAUAUUAGUAAUGUUGGGGAAGAAAAAAUGAUUGCUAAUAAAAUAUAUUGCUGAUGUUUACUGUUCAUGACUUAUUAAAAUAGAUUUGGUGUUGUAAAAUAGACCUACUGUGGUGUUGCUGACAUGUUAGAAGAGGUUCUAAGAGUCUCUCAUUAUUGUUGGGAAAUACACGUAUAUUGUCCA